AGCCCCCUCGGGUGAGUGUCUUCGCCCAGCCCUCGGGCACGGGUCCCCGGGUCCUGCUGGUGUGUGAGGCCAGCCAGUUCUUCCCGCUGGCCGCUGACUUCGCCUGGGUGGUGCGGGCCCCCGGGGACGAUCCCGAGGCGGAGCCGGUCCCCGUCGAGCCGCUGCUUUUCGGCAGCCACCGGCGCAACCGGGACGGCACCUUCAACCUGUCGGCCGAGGUGGCCCUGGACGGCUGGCCGGAGGGCGACCCGCCCCCUCUCUACACCUGCCUGGUGACCCACCCGGGGCUGGAGGCCCCCCUCUCCGUCAGCAUCCGGCCGCGGCCUCCCGCCGACGAGACGGCGGGUUACCUGCGAAUCAUUUACCAGGGGGUGUUGCUGUCCGCGUUACUGCUGGUGGCUGGGAUGUACCUGCGCAGAGGCAACAGGACCCCGUCUGAAAUGCGUCCCAGCGUCCCAGGACCAGUCAAGACAACGGAAGAUUAAAGGGAACGGAGGGGCCUGUGCGGGAGGCGAGGGAGUGAGGGGAAGCCUGGCCUCACACUCUUCCCUUCUACCCUCCACUCUGGACAGCCAUCCCUUCCCGUUCCCUCCCCCUCCGCUCAACGCCCUUCAGCUCCCGGUGUCGUCACCCUCAGGGCGACGGGCAGAGGGGGCUUGGACGGACCCGGUCCGCUGCUCCCUGAAUGCGGCCGAGAGGGCGCUGUGUCUCUGUCGGACGAGGUGCCGGGUUCGAGAGAUCUGCUCGGACCCCGUCUGGAGUGUUCGAGAGGUUCCGGUCACACCGUUGCACGGAAGGGGGUGGGAGACUCGGAGAGGAGCUUUGCACCGAGACGCUGCCUGGAUUCGAGCUCGGACGGACGUGGGGCAUUUCCUCUGGUUCGCUGGAUGGACUGGAAGGCGGGACUAGUUUCGUUAGGUCUUUAACUGUUAAUUUAAUUAGUGGGCACAACUUCAUGUGCUGCAUUCUAUGUUCAAUGCGCUGAACGGUGGGGAGUGUGGAGGGACAGAGGGACCUCAGUGUACGGGGGUAGGACACACACCGUGAACGGUGGGGAGUGUCGAGGGACAGGGGGACCUCGGUGUACGAGGGUAGGACACGCACCGUGAACGGUGGGGAGUGUCGAGGGACAGGGGGACCUCGGUGUACGAGGGUAGGACACACACCGUGAACGGUGGGGAGUGUCGAGGGACAGGGGUACCUCAGUGUACGGGGGUCGGACACACACCGUGAACGGUGGGGAGUGUCGAGGGACAGGGGGACCUCGGUGUGCGAGGGUCGGACACACACCGUGAACGGUGGGGAGUGUCGAGGGACAGGGGGACCUUGGUGUACGGGGGUAGGACACACACCGUGAACGGUGGGGAGUGUCGAGGGACAGGGGGACCUUGGUGUACGAGGGUCGGACACACACCGUGAACGGUGGGAGUGUCGAGGGACAGGGGGACCUCGGUGUACGGGGGAUAGGACACACACCGUGAACGGUGGGGAGUGUCGAGGGACAGGGGGACCUCCGUGUACAAGGGUGGGACACACUCUUUGAAUAGUGGGGUGAAUCACUUCCAACUCUCUACCCAAUUCCCUGCCUCUAACUCCCUCCAAGCCUCAAACUCCUGCAACUCCCUCCAAUCCCCUCCCCAAAUGCCUCUGCCUCUGCCUCACUCCAAAGAUUUAGGCCUUUCAACACCCCACCCCCCUCCACUUUUGACCCAUCCCGGUACUGGGAACCUGUCAAGGAUACUGUCAAUAAAGUUUGGGCUACGGA